ACCCGAGAGGGUGUGGUUUAAAAAUAAGAAAGCUACAGGAAACAUGUCAGUGGGAUUAUAGGGCGUAUAUAUAAGAACACAGCCAGUCAAAGAGCAGAAGAACACAAACUAACCACAGAAAAAUCUGAGAGGAGGCAACCGGGCUACUGCAAAAACAGAGCAUAAAAGAUGGCAGACGCAGCUGUUGCAGCACCCGCCGACAAGAAGGCACCGCCGAAAUUCAAGCAGAGGGCAACUCGUACUUUCAAGAGCAAAGCCCCUAAACCAGGCCAGAAGGGAUUUGGAGAUGACAUCCCUGGCAUGGAGGGUCUUGGCACAGAUAUCACAGUUGUUUGCCCAUGGGAGGCCUUCGGGGACAUGGAACUCAGCGACCUGGCAAAAUAUGGAAUUCUCUAGAAACCUCCCAUGUCUUCAGCACAACUAUUUUUACCUCCCUGCAAUAAUUUUCUUGCUCCCAUUUUGCCCACCUCACCCUGUUCUCCAUCACCUCCCAAAAUAUCUGACCUGAUGUGUGUUGUUGUAUUAGGGCCAUGUCUUUGCACAAAAAAUGUAUCACCAAGGAUCAUCCAAGAAUGGCAAAUGUGAAUUUGAUUUUAAAAGAUUAUUUAUUUAUAUAUGCUUCACUGGGAUAUCUAUUCUUUGGACAACAACUUUUAUUUUCUUUAUGCACACUUUGCACUCGGCAUGUGAACUGGUUUGAUCACUGACAUUAAACCUCAUUUCUUCCACUUUUACCCACCA